AAACUAAAAAUCCUGUAUCCACAUCUCAGCCACCACGACAGAUGGAACAAUGGACCCACCAUUACUAAUUGAAUCAAUAGCUUGCCUCCGGCCUUCUCAACUGUCGAAAUCGUUAUCCUUAAACCUCAUCCUCUCUCAGUUCUCUACUCCACUCAUUUCCCACUCCUUUCUUGCGAACCAGAACCACCAUCGCCAAUGAAUGAAGAUAAGACUUUACCCGAAGAAAAACCAGAACCCCCCUUUGCAGAUCCUCUUCUCCGCCAAGCCACAGCUCCCUCCCCGGCUGCUACACCAUGUCUUGUUCCAAUCUGACCAUGUGGGUGUCUUCAAAACCCACCGUCUCUGAUGCAUCAUCGCUCUCUUCCCGCACUUUUCUGAGCCCUUUUCAGCUUCCUUCCCAGAGUUCAAGCUCUAGCUAUCCGUCCCGACCAUGGUCGGUUUCCCCGGUCCAUUGUGGUCUCCGGGAUCUCCGAGACCGUAUCGACUCGGUGAAGAACACCCAGAAGAUCACUGAGGCUAUGAAGCUUGUUGCUGCAGCCAAAGUCCGCAGGGCUCAAGAGGCUGUGGUUAAUGGAAGGCCCUUCUCAGAAGCCCUGGUUGAGGUCCUUUACAACAUCAACGAGCAACUUCAAACGGAAGACGUUGAUGUUCCUCUAACCAAAAUAAGGCCUGUCAAGAAGGUUGCAUUAGUCGUCGUCACCGGCGACCGUGGUCUUUGCGGUGGUUUCAACAACACCAUCAUAAAGAAAGCCGAAGCCAGAAUUUCAGAAUUGAAGCAACUGGGUGUUGAAUACACCGUCAUCAGUGUUGGCAAAAAGGGAAACUCCUACUUCCUUCGCCGGCCUUACAUUCCAGUGGAUAAGUUUCUCGAAGGUGGCACACUUCCUACUGCCAAAGAAGCUCAGUCCAUAGCUGAUGAUGUUUUCUCGCUCUUUGUCAGCGAGGAGGUUGAUAAAGUGGAGCUUUUGUACACCAAAUUCGUGUCUUUGGUCAAAUCCGAUCCAGUAAUCCACACCCUUCUUCCUCUCUCGCCCAAAGGAGAAAUCUGUGACGUAAAUGGAAUCUGCGUGGAUGCUGCAGAAGAUGAGUUUUUCAGGCUGACGACUAAGGAAGGGAAAUUGACAGUGGAAAGGGAUGCAGUAAGGACAAGCACAUCAGAUUUCUCUCCAAUUUUGGAGUUUGAGCAGGACCCAGUUCAGAUCCUGGAUGCUUUAUUGCCUCUGUAUUUGAACAGCCAGGUUUUGAGGGCACUGCAAGAAUCUCUGGCCAGUGAGCUCGCGGCUAGAAUGAGCGCCAUGAGCAAUGCGUCUGAUAAUGCUUCUGAGCUGAAGAGAACUCUGUCGAUUGUGUACAACAGACAGCGGCAAGCCAAGAUCACUGGGGAAAUAUUAGAGAUUGUUGCUGGUGCUAAUGCCUUGACUUAAUCUGGUCACUGUUUGUGUAUAUUUCUCCCGAAAAUAUUUGCUUCCCCUUUUCCUUCCUUCCCUCCUUAACAUACUUCAAUCGGUGUUUCCAUAUUCAUGAUAUCAUUCAAUUAUGCAAUUUUAUAGAAUAUAUGCAAAGUCAUCUCGUUCUGCUUCUUUGUUUUC